CAUUUACCAACGUGAUUUCAUGACGUAUGGUACGUCCUUGCGUCACCACGUUAAACCCGAAGCGGAAGUCAACACGUGGGGCUGAAGCGAAGCACCAAGCACGUUUGGAGGCCACGAAACUUGCUCUUGGAUCAGCAGUGAAGCCUGUUCUCCGUCAUCAUGGCUGUCAGAGCAGCGUUUGAGAAAAACAAUGAGAUCGGCUGCUUCGCCAAACUCACCAACACCUACUGUCUGGUGGCGAUCGGAGGCUCUGAGAACUUCUACAGUGUGUUUGAAGGAGAACUGUCAGAAACCAUCCCAGUGGUUCACGCUUCCAUAGCAGGCUGUCGCAUCAUAGGGAGGAUGUGUGUGGGGAACCGUCACGGUCUUCUGGUGCCCAACAACACGACAGACCAGGAGCUGCAGCACAUCAGAAACUGUCUGCCAGACGCAGUCAGGAUCCAGAGAGUGGAGGAGAGGCUGUCUGCUCUCGGCAACGUCAUCGCCUGCAACGACUACGUGGCGCUGGUCCACCCCGACCUCGACCGGGAGACAGAGGAGAUCCUUGCAGACACUCUGAAGGUGGAGGUCUUCCGUCAGACUGUAGCGGAGCAGGUCCUGGUCGGCUCCUACUGUACAUUCAGUAACCAGGGAGGCCUGGUCCACCCAAAGACGUCUAUAGAAGAUCAGGACGAGCUGUCGUCUCUGCUGCAAGUUCCCCUAGUGGCUGGUACGGUGAACCGGGGCAGUGAGGUGAUCGCGGCGGGGAUGGUGGUCAACGACUGGUGUGCGUUCUGCGGCCUGGACACCACCAGCACCGAGCUGUCGGUCAUCGAGAGCGUCUUCAGACUCAGCGACUCAGCACAGCCCUCCGCCAUCGCCACCAGCAUGAGGGACUCGCUGAUCGACAGCAUGGCGUAAGCCGCCUCUGCAGUUUCCUGCCACCGAGGAGCUGUGCUGCAGUUCACCUGGUCUCACACCUGAAGACGCCAGGCUGCUGGACCUCAAACCUCAAACACCUCCUUCCACACAGUACAGUUCACUCUCAUUCAGAGGUCCCAGCUCCCAGCUGCAGCUGCAGACCCAUGAUCAUUUUAUACAUUUGGUUGAAUCUUUGUCAAACCUUUGCUCCCGUGACCUCAGUCAUUUUUAGCACCGCUUUCUUCAUCAGAGUAAAAUAUCUGAGCAGUAGAAACAGGUUGAGCUGUCCAUGCACCUCCUCACCUUUAAUCCUGACUGGGACCGGUGGAGAUAAUUGGCAGAGGCUGUUGUUCAGAGGCUUAAAGUCGUUAAUGUGGUGAUAGGUUUGCUGGAGGCCUUCUGAUUCAUCAGGAACAAAUGAUGCAGAAAAGGGUGAAAAAACAAAAACGGCCUGAAAAUCCAUUUAUUUACACACACGAUGAGGAGCCUGAUAAUAUGAAGAUACCUUUAACCAAACAGGUAGAAAUGAAAUGAAACUUUUUCUCCCAGUUUGGUUAAACCAGAAGUGACCCAGGCUAAAACCAGUUCAAAUGAAACAGAUGUCUGUGCCUGCAUCAUUAAAAACAUGUCUGAACUCUGUGGGUGGGUGCUGUGGAUAUAUCUCUUAACCCUAAUGGGAAACUGCCAGUUGCCUUGACAGAAUCACCUCCCUGAUGCUUCAGAGUGACAGCUCCUGUCACUCCUGCAGCUGGAGGGGAUUCCCAUCAACACACACCCACCUCUAAACUGCCAAGUGUAUCACCAUCACCAUCCCAGCUAUCAACAUUUAUCUGAUGCUUGAAGAAUGUAACCCUCUGCUGCUUUUGUCGAGGAAACUGUAAGAAAACGUUACUGUAAAGUUGAGUGUUUCUGAAGGUGAUAACUUCUCUGAACGAGCGCGUAACAAGCUUCAUUUCUGAAGUCUGAAAUGACUCGAUUUGACAGUGUGAUGUCCAGCAGACUGACAGUGUACUACAUGUGGUAUGAUAGAGUGAUUUCAGUGUCAGUGGUCUUGUAUGUAAUGUUUACAGAAGAGGCAGAAAAAGCAACAGAUGACUGUGUGAAAUGAGACAAACAGAUUCUGAUCUUGAAAACUGGGAGACUCGAGUCUCUCUCUGCCUGGUGAUAUUUCUUAACAAUAAUUCGUCUCCUCUGUCUCGUAAAAUAAAAUAAAUCACCCUCUUUUUA